AAACAAAAUCAAGAGUGGCGAGAGGUACACAAAAAAAGAAAAGAAAUCAAUUUUUGUCUUCAAAAUUUUCAAGAGCUUUUAGAUUGUUGUUCUUCAAAUUUUAUUUUACUCCCCCUUCUGUCACACCCCGCUUCUCUGAAUCCCUUUCUGUUUAAUCAUCUGUCUUUCAAUUUAUGAUUUUUGGGUUUGUCUUUUAAUCAAAUUAAAAAGUCACAAACUUAGAAUAAUUUUUCGAAAAACAGGUGUUUUUUCAGAAUCGAGAUCCAGAAUAUUUACUUGUACAUUUUUUUUUUUUUAUCAGUCACAAGGGUUAUUUUUGAUCCCUUAAGGCUCUUUUUAAUUUUUUUUGUUUUAAUCCAAGGAUUUAAAGGAUUGUCUAUUUAAAAUCCAUUUAAUCCUUUUUUUUAGUGUUAAUUAAUAAUUAAUUAACCUUUGUUCUUCAAUUUUAUUAAGACACAGGUUAUAAUUUUUCAUACAAAUUAUGGCAGCUAUGAUGAAUUAUUACAGUAACAUGCAACAGUUUCAAUUUCAUGACUCAGAUCCAUUUAGAGGUGAAUUAAUGGAAGUUCUUGAACCUUUUAUCAAAAGUCCUUCUUCAACUUCAACUUCACCUUCAUCUUCAACACCAUCACCUUCUUAUUCUUCUUCUCUCUCUUCACCUUCUUUCUACACAGAGCAAAACUUCAUAGGCUUUGCUCAACCAUCUUCUUCUUUUUCUUCUCCUUCUCUUCUUGGUCUCAACCACUUGACACCAUCACAAAUCAACCAAAUCCAAGUACAAAUCCAACAACAAAACUUCACCAUGCAACAUCAACAAAUUCAACAGCAACAACAACGUUGUCUUAGUAACACUUUGAGUUUUCUUAGUCCAAAGUCAAUUCCUAUGAAGCAUGUGGGUGGUAGUAGUGUUUCAAAACCCACAAAGCUAUACAGAGGAGUGAGACAAAGGCACUGGGGAAAAUGGGUUGCUGAGAUAAGACUACCUAAGAACCGAACAAGAUUAUGGCUUGGUACUUUUGACACAGCUGAAGAAGCAGCUUUGGCUUAUGAUAAAGCUGCUUAUAAGCUACGUGGUGACUUUGCUAGGCUAAAUUUUCCAAAUUUGAAACACCAAGGUUCAAUUAUUGGUGGUGAAUUUGGUGAGUUUAAACCUCUUCCUUCUUCUGUUGAUGCUAAGCUUCAAGCUAUUUGUGAAGGUUUAGCUGAGAUGCAGAAACAGGGGAAGGCUGAGAAGCCUAAGAAGAUGCCGGCGUCGAAGGCGAAAGCCUCUUCAAAGGUGGUUUCUAAGGAGUCUGUUGAUGAUUUGAAGAAGGAUUCAGAGCCAGAGGAGUGUUGUAAGGUUGAAGCAGUUUCAGUGAUUACUGAGAGUGAAGGUUCUGAAGGUUCUUCACCACUUUCAGAUCUUACUUUUGGUGAUGUUGGUGAACCACAGUGGGAGGGUGAUUCAGAAAAUUUUAAUUUGCUCAAGUACCCUUCUUAUGAGAUUGAUUGGGAUUCUCUGUGAAGGGUUUUUAGUUUGUGUCCUUAUAUGUAAUUUUUUAUUUUCUAGUUAAGGGUCUCAUCUCAUCUCAUCUCAUGCAUAAUUAUAUUAUAUAUAGGUUUUAGUUUCUUAGGUUGGUGGCUACUGCAAUGGAAUUUUUGACAAUUGCAGUGCUACCCUUGUAGGAUAUUAUUGUAUUAUAAUCUCUUGUUACCUUGGUUCAAAGCUGAGUUUUUUCUUGCUUUGCCUUGGAGGAGAAUCUUAGUUAUGUAUGUUCAUAUUAUUAUUAGUAGAGAUGUAAUCUACAUGCAUUUCAUAUUAUUGAAUAUAAAUAUUGUAGUAUCA